AUGAACUGGCGCCACGAUCCACGACUCAAACAGUUGCUCGAAAAAGCUACGCUCGAUCGUCUGUUCAAGAAUCAAAGUAUCUAUAGCAGCGAUGAAGUACAAGAAAUGGAAAACACACUGCGACAUGUUUUGAACAAGUAUGAGAACAACGACACAUUCUUUGAGAAUAUCAUAAACCGAGAUCAAAAACACACUCCGGAGAAUAUGCUGACGUUAUCUAAACUCUUUACAAAAAUUGGAGACUAUCGGCUCGCAUGUGAAAUGAUCUGGUGUUGUGCCUCACUCGCCGUCCAUGAGUUCAUUACGACUCGCCAACUGAAAGUAAAGCUACAUUUGCUCAACGAAAAAAAAACCUUCUUGAGGGCUCUUUCUCGCAAAAUCGGGAAUCAGUUUGCUGUUUUCGAAGCGUAA